AUGCCUCAGUUUCCCCAUCUGAGCAGCAGGGACAUCUCCGAGGCUGCCCUGGCCUGGGGCUCGGGGAUGCCGACCCGUGGAGACGACGAUGCAACCACGGCACACACGUGUCCCCAGUGGUGGCGGGCCGUCCGCACGCGUGUGCCCGCGCCCGUGUGUCCGAGCGUGUACAUCCGCCCAGGAAGCCGCUGCCUGUCCCCCCAUGAUGGCUUUCUGGCCGCGUUUCCGAGGACCUCAAUCAACCGGGGGCACCAGGCCGGUGUCCACCCACCCUCCUACCCCGCCCCGCCCGAGCUCGCUGCCCGGCUGGGGAAACUGAGGCCCAGUAUGAAGGCUGGGCGGACAACUCCGCCAGCUGAAGAGCGCGGGGCCCGGGUGACGCAGGCCCCGGGUCUGCAUCUGCCGGGGCGGGCGGGGCCGGGAGGCCGUCUCCAGUUCCGCAGGACAAGGUCCCGGCCGGCCGCCCGGGUCCCCGGGGAUCGGGUGACGGCGGCAGCCGGCCCGCGCGGCCAGGCUGACCCCCCACCCAGAAUCCCUCCAGUCACUGCCCCGCCCAGAGGCCCCGUCUGGGAGGCCGCGGGGAUCCCCAAGCGCGACGGGAGCAGAAAGGCGAGUCUUGGGGGGACACCCCCGACAGAGGUCGGGCAGGAGGCAGGCGGCCCCGCCAAGCACUGCUGGGAACGGAAGACCCGGCAAAUGAACUUGAAGAAGACAAAGGCGGGAAAUAGGGCCCGGGGGACGGCCCCGGGGUCGGACCCCAGGACUCUUGCAAAUACUCCCAGCUCCAGCGUCUCCACGUCCCGGGCGGGGGCGGGGGUCCCCGACAGCAGCGCCCCCUCUGGGAGGUGCCCCAAACUCGGAGGGCGCCCGGAGGCGGAGAGCAGGACAGGGGGGCACGUGACCCCCGCCCCGGGGACCAAUCAGCGCCCGCAGGAGGGGGGCCACACUCUGCGCCCCCCACCCCGCCCGGCGCGCACGGAGAGAGCCGCUUUCUUUGUCCCUUUGUCAGCUCUUGGGGGGCCCCGAACCCCCGGGCCCCCACUGCAGCGGGGGGAUCCGGCCCGGCCGGCUGUCUCCCUCCCCCUGCGGCCCCUCCCCAGCCGCUCGGGCCCUGGACUCGUCCUGGGCCGGGCGCGGGGCUGGAGAGGGCUCGGGGCGCCCCAGGCGCGGCGGCCGGAGCGCGGUGCGGGGCGGAGGGGCCUCAACGCGCCGGGACCACCUCGCCAGCCCCGGGUCGCCCCAGUCUUAGCUAUGCGGGCCCCGCCCCCCAACACCCCCCCCAGCAGGCCCCCUGCCUGCCCCGAACCCCCCACCUGGGCCCAAAUCCAGCUCCCCAGCGGCGCAGCCGCGAGCCCCCAUUAUUGUGCCUCCUACGGCCACCCCCCCCCCCCGCCCCCGGCACAAAAUCUCCACCCGCUGCGGUGCCGACAAGAACCCCCAUCACAGCUCCACAUCCAGGCGCCCAGGCAACAAUCCGGGCCCCCCCAGCUGCGGUGCCAGGAGACACCCCAGGAUGGAGCCUCAUCCGGCGCCCAGGGCCCAAAUCCAGCCCCUGAGAAGCGCUGCUCCUGGAGCCCCAUUACACCGCUCCAGACAGCGACCCCCCCCCAAAUCCAGCCCCCUCCCCAGAUGCGCUGCCGACGGAUCCUCGCGUUAGCGCCCGAGCCGGCCACCCCGGCCAACAAUUGGGCCCCCCAGCUGCGCGCCGACAGACGCCCCCCGGAGAGCGCCGCCCCAGCCCCCUCGCGGACGCCCCGGGGCGCUUACCUCGGAGCCGCGGGCGCCGCGAGUGCGCGGGAGGGAGCGCGAGGGCGGGAGGGCGCGGCGGGGGGGCCGUGCGCGCACCUGUCCCGCCCGGCCGGCUCAGCCCGGCAUCCCGGGGCGGAGGGGCUGGGGGCGCUCUCCCCGCCCCUGGCCCGCGGCGCUGCGCUGGGUGGGGGGGGCUCAGCCCCGGUCCCCGGCGCGCCGGCCUCGGCUCCGGGGGGGGCGCUGCGCGGCGGCCGGGCCGGGGGCGCGCCGCGGCCGCAUCUCCUCCGCCCGCCGCGGCCGCCGCUGCGACUCGCGGCUCCGCCACCUCCGCCCCCCUCUUCGCCACCCCCCCAAACCCGGGCCGGAGCCGCGCAAAACCCGGCGCGGAACGGAGGGCGGAGCCGGGUGGGCGGCUGGAGGCGCUGGGGGCGGCGGCGGGAUGGAGGGGGACGCAUCCCUAAUCGCAUCCACGGGGAUGAUGGGGAUGCUGCGGCGUCAUGA